AUGGAUAGUUCUCCUCAGAGCCAGCAUCAGUUUGGUCACUUUGGUUUUGAUGAAAUACAAAUGGAGUUUGACGAUUUCGAUUUUGAGACAAUUGAUUUUCAAAACUUAGACAUGUUGUGCUGUAGUCAAGUAGAAGAUAUCACAGAAAACCUCAGUAUCCCUGCCUUUUCUGACCUCCCCAAGCCUGAGACCCCUGCCACCCCUCUGAACGUGCAUAAAAUAGGCAAUAGAUUUAAAGAAAGUACAGACGACGAUGUGAACAGGUUGUUUGAAGCACGCCAAACUCUCGCAACCAAGAAAAACACUAACUGGGGAUGUAAAUUGUUUCAAGACUGGAGCAUUGAGAGAAGAGGGGAGCCUGUAGAUUUAGAAGCAAUAUCACCAAGUCAACUUAAUAGUCUCCUUGAGAAAUUUUACUGUGAGGCAAGGCCCUUAAAAGAUGGGGAACUUUAUCAUAAAAAUACAUUGAAAAAUUUGAGAGGGGCUAUAAACCGAAAAUUGGCAGACCUAAAAAGAAACAUAGACAUUGUUAAAGACAAAGAUUUUAAAACAUCUAAUGGAGUCCUAAAUGGAUUGUUGAAAGAGCGUGUUAGGGAGGGCACCUCAAAAUCAACACAGCACAAAGACCUGAUCGAAAAAUGUGAUAUGGAAAAAAUAUCUACUUACUUCAAGGAUGCGCAACUUAACCCAAUCAUUCUCCGACAAUGCGUCUACUUCAAUAUUGCAAUCCACUUCAUUUCUAGGGGCCAAGAAUUUCAUCACCAACUGAAGUUGGAUUCAUUCUCUUUUCAAUCCGACGACACGGGUGCAUACGUUACACUUAGCCACGAGAUACAGCAAAAGAAUCACCAAGGUGGUUUAGGAAAUGUGGAAAUGAACACUGAUAAACGCAUGUAUGCUACAGAUACUGAAUCGUGCCCUGUAAGAAUGCUCCAACUAUUAAUUGAAAAAACAGAUGAAUCUGCCUCAUCCCUUUUCAAUAAAUACAACUCAGAAUCCGUUUCCCUACCAAAAAGUACAUCAAAAUGGUACCUAGAUGCCCCGCUUUCCAAACGAACAUUUUCAAACUUCAUGAAAGAAAUCAGCAAGGCGGCAGGCCUUUCACGCAUAUAUACAGGGCAUUGUUUAAGGGCCACUGCCAUACAACAUCUGAAUGAUGAGGGCUACGAAGCUAGACACAUCAUGUAUAUGUCAGACCACAAAAAUGAGGGGUCCUUGAGGUCGUAUAAUAGAAAUAUAUCAUCGACCCAGAAAAAAAAUCUUAGCUGCACUUUGUCCAAAAUAAUGAAUCCUACAAUAAAUGAACAAGUCGGUACGCCUACCUCAAAAUCCGAAUUUCCUCGACCUGAUAAACCAUUUGCAACUCAUGGAACUGUAGUACCUGCUGGUACCGGUCUCUCGUCGCAGUCUUUCAACAACCUUGCGUUGAACAGCAAAUCUUCCAACCGAAGCUCAGCACUAGUGCAGAAUUCGUCAUUUCUGAACUGUGAAGUCCAUUUCCACCAUCACCAUGAUCACCACGUUGUGCAGGAGCCAAAUCACGCAGACUGA